GGCAACAUUGUUCAGUCAGUCUAUUCGCCAAGGCGGAUCCAAAAACGCUAAUGCGAGACAAUAAUGCCCUUACACCCUUUAAAGAACUCGCUUUAGAUGCUCUGUCUAUCGAAAGGAGAGGAACGAGUGAAUACUCGCUUCAUUAAAGUGAAAACGUCACGACAGACCUUUAAGUGACGUUGCAAGCGCUGACGUUUUUAUGACGGAGCUGAUUCAGUGGUCUCGGGUGUCGACUGUCACUCUGGCGAGCAGUGCAGGUGGUCAGCGGAGCUUUUACCAACUCAACAGCUGCUGACAAAAAGUGCAAAACACAGAUUGGAUUAACAGUUCAAGAGCUUUCCGGACUUGCCCAUUCUUUCCCAGGAAAUCAAAACACAUUUUCCAUUACGGCAGAAGACGGGAGCUGACACUUCUCUCUUCUGUUGUACUACUGAGGACAUCCAGGAGAUUGUGAGUGUGGGUGGCACUCGUUUAAAAGACUGCGAUGCACCGCUUAAGGACUUGUGCGGCACGGCUCCGGCCUAUAACGGCCUCACAGACUGCUAAAAAUCUAUCACAGCAGGGGCCGGCAGCCACACCUAGGACGUUUCAGCCAUUGAGGUGCUUCUCGUCACCUGUGGCAGCAGAGCCGUUUCUGAACGGAACCAGCUCUAAUUAUGUUGAGGAGAUGUACUAUGCGUGGUUGGAGAAUCCCAAGAGUGUGCACAAGUCUUGGGACAUUUUCUUCAGGAAUGCAAACGCUGGUGCCCCUCCAGGUACAGCUUACCAGAGUCCUCCUCCAUUGGGUGUGAGCCUGGCUGGACUUGCUCAGGCCCAGUCACUCGUGGGGGCGCAGCCGAAUGUAGAGAAGCUGGUGGAAGACCAUCUGGCAGUUCAGUCCCUUAUCAGGGCCUAUCAGAUACGUGGUCACCAUGUGGCUCAGCUGGACCCUCUUGGGAUCAUGGAUGCUGAUCUGGAUUCAUGCGUUCCCACCGACAUUAUUACAUCAUCGGAUAAACUCGACCUUACACAUGUCAAGAAGCGUCUAAGUGCUCUAACCAUUGGAGAGUCUGAAUUUCACUUUGCUGAAAAUUCUCAAAUCUGUAACUGGGAAAAGGGUUUCUAUGGGCUGGAAGAGUCUGAUCUGGAUAAAGUGUUCCGCUUGCCCACCACCACCUUUAUCGGGGGUGACGAGAGUGCUCUGCCCCUCAGGGAAAUCAUCCGUCGCUUAGAGAUGGCGUAUUGCCAGCAUAUUGGGGUCGAGUUCAUGUUCAUUAAUGACCUAGACCAGUGUCAGUGGAUCAGGCAGAAGUUUGAGCGCCCUGGAGUCAUGCAGUUCAGCCUGGAGGAGAAGAGAACACUUCUGGCUCGCAUGGUCCGCUCCACCAGGUUUGAGGAGUUCCUGCAGAGGAAAUGGUCAUCUGAGAAACGCUUCGGACUGGAAGGCUGUGAAAGUCUGAUCCCUGCACUCAAAACCAUCAUUGAUAAAUCCAGUGAGAACGGCGUAGACACUGUCAUCAUGGGCAUGCCUCACAGAGGACGUUUGAACGUGCUUGCCAAUGUGAUCCGUAAGGAAUUGGAGCAAAUUUUCUGUCAGUUUGACUCUAAAUUGGAAGCUGCUGAUGAGGGGUCAGGAGAUGUCAAGUACCACUUGGGCAUGUACCACAGGAGAAUAAAUCGUGUGACUAACAGGAAUAUUACCUUGUCAUUGGUGGCCAACCCUUCCCAUCUAGAAGCGGUGAACCCGGUGGUGCAGGGCAAGACUAAGGCUGAGCAGUUUUACAGCGGAGAUACUGAUGGAAAAAGGGUGAUGUCAAUUUUGCUUCAUGGUGAUGCUGCGUUCGCCGGUCAGGGCAUUGUCUAUGAAACCUUCCAUUUGAGCGAUCUUCCCUCGUACACCACGCAUGGCACUGUGCAUGUGGUGGCCAACAACCAGAUCGGUUUCACUACAGAUCCCCGUAUGGCACGCUCAUCUCCAUAUCCAACCGAUGUUGCCCGUGUGGUCAAUGCCCCUAUCUUCCACGUCAAUGCAGAUGAUCCUGAAGCUGUGAUGUACGUGUGUAAUGUGGCCGCAGAAUGGAGGGCCACCUUCCACAAAGAUGUGGUGGUGGAUCUGGUGUGCUAUCGACGUAAUGGCCACAACGAGAUGGAUGAGCCAAUGUUCACUCAGCCACUGAUGUACAAACAGAUCAAGAAGCAGAAAGGAGUUCUGCAGAAAUACGCUGAGAAGCUCAUUGCUGAAGGUGCCGUUACGCGACAGGAGUAUGAGGAAGAGAUUGCGAAGUAUGAUAAAAUCUGUGAGGAAGCUCAUUCUCGCUCUAAGGAUGAGAAGAUCCUUCACAUCAAGCACUGGCUGGACUCCCCCUGGCCAGGUUUUUUCACUCUUGACGGACAACCCAAGAGCAUCAGCUGCCCAUCUACUGGUCUGCCAGAGGAAGAACUGGCCCAAAUUGGACAAGUGGCAUCGUCUGUACCUGUGGAGGACUUCACAAUUCAUGGAGGUCUGAGUCGUAUUCUGAAAGGCCGUGGUGACAUGAUCAAGAACAGGACAGUGGACUGGGCUCUUGGAGAGUAUAUGGCUUUUGGAUCUCUGCUCAAGGAGGGCAUCCAUGUGCGUCUCAGUGGCCAAGAUGUGGAGAGAGGAACCUUCAGCCACCGUCACCAUGUUCUUCACGAUCAGAAUGUAGACAAAAGGAUCUGCAUACCCAUGAACCACAUGUCCCCUAACCAAGCCCCAUACACUGUGUGCAACAGCUCUCUGUCAGAGUAUGGAGUGCUAGGGUUCGAGUUAGGCUUUGCCAUGGCCAGCCCCAAUGCUCUGGUUCUUUGGGAGGCCCAGUUUGGAGACUUCCAUAACACUGCUCAGUGUAUAAUAGAUCAGUUCAUUUGUCCUGGCCAAGCCAAAUGGGUCCGCCAAAAUGGCAUUGUCUUACUGCUGCCACAUGGCAUGGAGGGCAUGGGUCCAGAGCACUCAUCUGCCCGUCCAGAGCGCUUUCUGCAGAUGUGCAAUGAUGACCCUGACUUCAACCCUAAAAUCACUGAUGACUUUGAUGUGCGUCAGCUUUAUGACUGCAACUGGAUUGUGGUAAACUGUUCAAAUCCCGCCAACUAUUUCCAUGUGAUAAGGAGGCAGAUCCUCCUUCCCUUCAGGAAACCCCUGAUUGUCUUCACCCCGAAAUCUCUGCUUCGUCAUCCAGAGGCCAAAUCUAAUUUUGACCAGAUGCUACCAGGCACUCAUUUCCAGCGUGUGAUCACAGAUGAUGGGCCCCCAGCUCAGAACCCUUCAGAGGUGAAGCGGAUUGUCUUCUGUACAGGAAAAAUCUAUUACGAGCUCACACGUGAACGUAAAGCACGCAAUAUGGAGAACUCUGUGGCCAUCACUCGAAUUGAGCAGCUCUCUCCUUUCCCUUUUGACCUGGUGAGAGCUGAGACUGAGAAAUUUCCCAACGCUGACCUGGUCUGGUGUCAAGAGGAACAUAAGAACCAAGGAUACUACGACUACGUCAAGCCCCGGAUGCGCACCACCAUCAAUCGUACCAAGCCUGUUUGGUAUGCUGGCCGUGAACCUGCCGCCGCCCCGGCCACCGGAAACAAGAACACCCAUCUUCUGGAGCUGAAGCGUUUCCUGGACACUGCCUUCAAUCUGGAUGCCUUCAAAGACCACAUCUGAAUCUGUCUCCGCUACAAAGAAAACGAAAACCCCCAUUCAUCCCACCAACCAAAACAAACCAUGCCAAAUUAUUUUAUUCAUCCCCCCCAAAUAACAAAUAGUGCUUUGCUAACACUCACUCUCCGUCCAAAAAUCACCCUCUUCUGCAAGUUUCAGCACUUUCCAAUUCAUGCUGUUCAUUUUAAAAGGAUAGUUCACUCAAAAAUAAAAAUGCGGCCUUAUUUACUUAAUCUUGACUUGUUUGAGAACAUUGAGUUUAUCUUAUCUAAUGUUGGAAGCCGGUAACCAUUGAUUUCCAUAGUAUUUAUUUUUCCUACCAUGGAUGUCAGUGAUAUUUUUCAAAACAUCUUUUUAGUGAUCAACUCAAAGGGUGAGUAAAUUAAGACAGACUUCUCAUUUUUGGAUGAACUGUCCCUUUAAGACUUGCCCAGAUCAACAAUACUGAAAGCUUGCAAACCGCAGGAUACACUGCAAAAAUGCUUUUCUUAAUUAGAUUUUUGUCUUGUUUCUAGUCCAAAUGUCCAAAAAUUCUUAAAUCAAGAAGAUUUUUCUAGAGAAGCAAAACAUAUUGUCUUGUUUUGCGAAAAAAAAUGCCAAUAUUAGGUGAGUCUUUCGUUGAAACAAGCUAAAUAAUCUGCCAAUGGGGUAAGCAAAAUAAUCUAACGUCACAAGGAAAAAACAGAUUUUUUUUUCUUACCUCAUUGGCAGAUUGUUUUGGUUGUUUUAAGGAAAGACUCGCUUAAUAUUGACAUAUUAUUUCUCAAAACAAGACAAUGCUUUGCUUACCCAGAAAAUACUUCUCGAUAUAAGAAUUUUUAGACAUUUGGACUAGAAACAAGACAAAAAAACAACAAAUUUUGCAGUGUAGGCGUAAGAAAGAGAUUACACAUGAAUAACAGCACAUAUUUUAAUGGACCUAAAAUCUUUUCAACCAAAGCACAGUUACAACCCUCUAAAGAACGUACUUUUACAGUAAUCAACAACUCUUGCCUCUGAACUCAUUUCCCUAAGCUUCCAUGUAGGGUUGUCAUGAUUUGUGUAUGCUACCUUUGCUGUAUGGCUUUAAUUUUAUGCUUGUUUUUCAAUAAUUGUGGACUAAAUUCAGAUGAAUGGAUGAUUUUGGCACAUACAUUUGCAGUGUCUGAUUAAUAGGAAAGAUAAGCGGCGAAAACGACACUUUAUCUCUACCUUUGCACUGUUUUCUGGUAAAAAAAAAAAAAAGAAAAUAGGAAAAACAUUUGGUUCACUGAAGUGGAUGUUUCAGACGUAUUAUUGUAUUUAUGUAUAAAAAAAAUAACUUUGUAUUCUGAGAUGAAAGGUUUGGUGUGAAAAUCGGGCCAGUGUGGAAAACUCUUUACAUGCAUGCUCAUCAGUUUUGCCCCAGGAUCAUUGUUUAUAGAUUGCAUCGUGUACCCUGCACAUGUGGCUGAUAAAUAUCCAUGAUAACUUGUGCCAUAGAGCCCGGCCCAGCAGCAGAGACAUUCAAUAUGGCAAGACAGACACAAAUACACCUGUCUCUGGGUGAUAUUUUAUAGAAACUCAUGAGAACGCUACUUUUUUUUUUUUGGAUCAUUCAGAUUCUCAUAACGGUUCAGCUUCAUACAAUAAACUCAUAAUCUUCUGAGA